AUGGCUUCCAUAGUAUCUCUCCCAGAGGGGAAUCUCUCCUGCUCUGUGUGCCGUGACAUCUUCAGGGACCCCGUCAUCCUGUCAUGUAGACACAGCUUCUGUAAAGUCUGCUUGUUGGAACUGUGGAAACAUAAAGAGGUGCUGGAAUGUCCUCUCUGUAGAAGAAGAUCAUCGCUGGCGCUUCCAAUUGAUCUGAAUCUGAAGAGGCAGUGUGAGGCUGUCUUACAGGAGAGGAGUCGGGAAGAUACGACUGAAGUUUCUGAGGUGCUCUGCAAUCUGCAUAAUGAGAAGCUUAAGCUCUUCUGUCUGGAGGAUCAACAGCUACUGUGUUUAAAGUGUAAAGCCUUAAAAAAAAACACCAACGACGGCCUUUGUCAGAUCGAUAAAGCUGCUAAGAAUUAUAAGAGCCAGGCUCAGCACACAGAGAAGCAGAUUAAGAAGCAGUUUGAAAAGCUUCAUCAGUUUCUAAGAGAUGAAGAGGCAGAGAGUAUAGCUGCACUGCGGGAGGAAGAUGAGCAGAAGAAUAAGACGGUGAAGGAGAAGAUUGAAGAGAUGUGCAGAGAGAUGUCAUCACUGUCUGAAACAAUCAGUGCCAUAGAAGAGGACCUGAGAGGUGAAGACAUCUCAUUCUUGCAGAACUACAAGGUCACAGUGAAAAGAACCCAGUACACAAUGCCGGACCUAGAGAGUGUUUCAGGUCCACUGAUCAAUGUGGCAAAGCACCUGGGCAACCUGCAGUUCAAAGUCUGGGAGAAGAUGCAGGAGAUUGUUCAAUAUACUCCUGUGACUUUGGACCCCAAUACUGCCCAUCCGCGUCUCCGCCUGUCUGAAGAUCUGACCAGUGUGAGAGACAGUGAUGCUAUACAGUGGCUUCCUGUCAACCCAGAGAGGUUUGAUCACCUUCAGUUUGUCCUGGCCUCUGAGGGCUUUAACUCAGGGACACACAGCUGGCUUGUUGAGGUUGGGGAGAGUGAAAACUGGACCAUAGGUGUGAUCACAGACUCUGUCCAGAGGUCUGGAUUGAUAAAGAGUGGAUACUGGAGUGUCGGAUAUUAUGAAGGUAAAUACUGGGCAUUAUUCCCACCUGGUCCACCCACUGAUAUCACAUUGAGACAGAACCCUAAGCAGAUCAGAGUGCAUCUGGACUGUGACAGAGGAAAGCUGUCAUUCUCUGACCCUGAUAAUAAAACACGUCUACACACGUUCACACAACAUUUCACAGAGAGAGUCUCUCCAUUUAUUGGUAAUUACUGUGAACUCCACUCUCUAAAGAUCUUACCACUGAAGGUC